GAGGGUCGAUGAAAGUUUAUUUUGUUUCUUUAGAGAGAGAGAGAAUAGGCUUAUUAAACGACUAGUUCAGUAAUACAGAAGUGAACUUUUGGUAUUACAGUACGCAAUACUUGUUGGUAAUAUUAAUGUUCUUAGUGUGAAGUGUUUCAGUUAUAUUUAACUUAUGUAUUUACACAGACCGAUCAAAUCGAAGUCUAAUCAAGCUAAUUCACCACUACCACCAGGAUGGGAACGGCGAGUGGAUCUAAAUUCUGGGCGUUUCUAUUACAUCAAUCAUAUUAAUCACACUACCACAUGGCAGAAGCCUCAGCAGUUACCACAGCUUUACCCACAUGGUGGAGCUAACCAGACUUCGCAGAAUGUGGAAGCACCUGAUCACAGGCACCACAGUAAUCAAAAAACUACACAAAAGAUUGUGGUCACAGAUCAUUCUUCAAGUCCUUCAAAGGGCUCAAUUUCUUCUCAACACAGUUAUAAACAAGGGGACUAUCAGUUGGCUUUGGCAUCGGAGAAAACAGUUAUUGAGCUCCACAGUCAGUUUCCCGAAAUUUCUCUUGAGCAUAUAAGAGAUACUUUAAAAGAAUGUAACAAUGAAAUUCAACUGGCAGUUAAGCAUCUGAAGAGAUUAUCCAAAACAUUGGCUACCUCAGUAAAUGUCAGUAAUAUUAACCAGAAUGUUGCUGCCCAACUGUCUCAUACAUAUGAGGCACCUAAGCCUUAUCAGGCAGCUGAUUCUUUUGUUGUAAUGCGUGAAGCUGACAAGUUAGCAGUUCAAGCAGAAUUGGAGCAAGAAUUUCCAACAUUUGAUAAAUAUGUGAUACAGAUGGUUCUGGAAAGCUGCAGUUACAAUGAAUCAAAUGGUAGAAUCAUGCUGACAUCAAUGAAAAAUGCAGAUGUCAUUUCAGGAAGUCAAACUCAGGAAGAAAAACCAACAUCAGCUGAAGAAACUCUUUCUACCAGUGAAGUGGCUGAUUCAUCUAUUCAGGAACAUGGGACUCCAGAAAUUCCUGUUCAAGAUUUGAGUGAAACACCUAAUGUGGAAGAGGUUGCUCAUGAAAAAGCCAGAAAGUGGUCCAUCAAACAUGAAAAACGAGAAAGUGGUAAAGAGGAGCUUCACUCGUAUCACUUAAGAAUCUCGAAAGGCACAAGUACUCAAGAAGAUCAACAGCAUACGUCUAUGUACAGGACUCAUGCUAAAGGUCCAGAUCCUAGACUUCGCAAGGGACCAUGUGAUGAUCUUCUACUCAAAGAUUAUGUGCCAUUAAGUGGUCCAGAUCCUAAUAAUCAUAAAGGUCCUAACCCUGCUUUAAGAAAAGGACCAGCCUUGAACAGAUUUGUACCCGAAAGUGAAACAACCGGUGGAGCAAGUUCAAAGAUGCUGGAUUCUUUACUAGUUUCAGAUAUUUAACUGGUGCACGUGCUUUGGCUUUCAUGAAAUUGUUACUUGGCUGUUUAUUCAAUUAAUUGCUGUGUGAUAUUUUAUUGUUUUGUUAUACUUUACUUACAAAAAGCAUGUGAAUGAAUAUUAUUGCAUACAGAAAAAUAUUACUAUUAUAUUAAUGUUAAAUCAACAAGCAAUCAAGUAAAGUUGUGUCCUAGGAUUCAUCCAUGUUAUAGCAUUCUCUGUCAUUUUUUCUGUAAUUUUUCCUUUUAUAAUCACAUUUACGUGACAUGUAUUAUUUUUAUCUAUAUUAUAUAUCUUUCUGUUUUAUUAUAUUGAACAUAAUUUACUGCAAAGUAGGAAACAAACAACCUAAUAUUUAUUUAACAAGUUUGUUAAACAUUGUGUGGCAUGUUAAUUUUUAUUUUAUUUUGUACUUGUGCAAUGCAUUAAAAUCUCCAAGAAUAUUGCUUUGUGACCAUUGGUCAAAUACUCAUACUUGAAAACAAUACAAAAGUAUUUGUUAUAAAAACUAGCACUGUUCUUUUUAAUAAUCUAUUGUCAUACUGAUUGCUUCACACUGUUAUAUGUCGUGAAAACUACUGAAUCCACCUAUGACAAAAGAACUUUCACAAUUUUCUUCUAAAUACAAUGUUUUGUGUAUAUAUUUUUGUUGUGUAAAUAUCUAUCAAAAAUAGGUUUCAUUCAGCAAAUAAUCAUAAGUACUUCAAAAAUAACCAAGUUCAACAGAAAACAUUUUAUUGGUAAUAUAAAUCUGUCUCUGCUCUUGCUCUAAUUUGUCAAAUCAUUGGUCAGAACAAAUGCAUUUACAAGAGACUGCUUAGUUAUGCAGCCAAACUGUUAUGAAGUAGAAUUAUCUUGGCAAUUAUCAGCCUGUCUUAAAACAGUAAAUCUAAAAGCCUAUUUGUUAAAAAAAAUCAGUACCAGUGAGGUACUGGGAGUUGAGAUUUCCCCACACUGUUAUUACAAGAGAAAUUGAUAAGUGCCAUUCUUUAAUAGAAUAUAAUUCAUAUUUGGUAUGGAUUUAAAUUUGAUCACCACACUUUACAUUAAUUUUAAAACAUUAUAUGAAUGAUAUAGAAGUUUUUUCAGCUGUGUGACAUUUCAAAACACAUUUAAUGGAAUUAAAACAAACAAGUGAUUAACUUCUUGAUUCAAAAACAUCAGCUGUGUACUAGCCUUCUACUCAUAGCACUCUCUGUGUGCCUUAGCACUUAUGUAGCUAAUCACACACUCAUUUUUGAAAAUGUUAUGAGAUCCUUUUGAUUUUGUCAAAGCUUUGGGCACAUGGUAUCUUUGUCAUAAAAAAUGCUUUAACUGUAACUCUACUUUUUUUGGUUUCCAUUAACAUCAUGCAUCUUGUUUUUUUACAAGUUUAUUCUAUGCACUUUUCAAUAACUGGGGAGGAUCAAAAGCAGUAAAUAUUUUUCAAAAUAUGGCUUGAACACAAUUUUCAUUACUCCGCUGAUGGAGUCAUUUUUUGCAGUAGCCUCAUUUAGUGUUACUUAUAAUGUUGCUUUAGGAAUAACAUUACCCAUUUUAGUUCAGUGAUUAGGCUUUGCACCAUGGAAACCAAAGCUUGAUUUACAAAUUUCCUUAUUUUGCCACCAUGGAACUAUAGUCUUCAAGACCAAUAACUUCAUCCCGAUAACAGUAGUAUUUGAAAUUUUUAAGGGUACUCUAAUUCAGACUUGUGACCCAGAGUUUUAACUUAGAAAUAAUUUCCUCAGAGUAUUAAGCACUUUGUUCUGAAAUGCUGGCAUAUGUUUAAUAUAGUAUAUAUUGUGUUGUUUAGGACUACAUGGAUGGUAAAGAGAAACUUGCACAAAAAUGUGUGCUUUUAUACUUGGAUAAUUUACCUUGAGAUACAGUAUUUUGUCAUCUAUAACCACAAUUUGUAUUUCAUUUUUCAUUUGUAUCCCAAGUUUGUUUCUGGUAAGUUUGCAGAAGCCAUUUUGAAUAUGUUACUUAUUCAAGUGGAUAGCUUUGCUUUUGAAAUAUUCAAUUUCCUUUACCAAAUGGCAAAUUUAUAAUUGCUGUUCCUUGAUAGUCAGCCUAACCUUUGCUUUAUUUUGUAUGUCUAGUUCUGGCACUCUUUUUCGGUGGUUAUUCUGCAGUAAUAAUAAAAAUAAAAAAAAACAUUAUGACAUGCGUAUACUAAAUAUGUUGAUAUGUCCAGAAUCAGUUGCCAGCACAUGUAAUGCAGAUGUAAGUAAUCUUAAACAGCUUAAAUAAGCUAAGAAUUGGGAGUGACUUUUGCAGAGAGAUAUGGUAUUUCUAACAGAGUAGGUACAGCAUUCCACACCAGUGCAUUCCGUUGAGGUAAAUUCAUAAAUGUGGUUUGGACAGAACUUUUAACUUUUAUCUCCUCAGAACUCUUGUCCAUCAGUUACUGAAGUUGUACUCAUUUUUACCUGUCACAGAUUCAAAUUUAUUUUACGUCUGUCUUUUAAUGCGAAUAACUGUAAUACACAUUUAAAAAUGAACUCUGAGUCAUAUACAAAAGGUUAAUAUAUCUAAACGUCAUAAAAACACGAUCCAUUGCACCGGUGCAGUAUCUCUGGCCCCCACUGAUACAAUAACAUUUCAACAUGGAGGAAACAUCACAUUAAUGAUGUAGAUAAAAAAGCUCAAAUUAGUUUCUCCUGAGGAAACCUGCAGAAGGACAACUUUCUUUGUUGUAAAAAAAAAAAAACUGCAGUUGAUAGCAGCACACAAAAGACCACUACUUGAACCAUGAUUCACACCACCAUUAGUCACUAUGUGAAUACACAAGCUAUGCUGCUGUUUUGUGGACAUCUAGCUGGAAAUUGUCACAUACUAAAUAAGAUAUAAGUGUAUAUGUUUCUGUAACUUAUAGUAUUAAAUAUAAAUAUUUCAAUAUGUCUUUUUAGAGUGUUAGCUAGAUUAAUAUAUAUAUAUAUAUAUAAAAUUAAGUUUAUUACCUAGUAAUAACUACAUUGGCCAAAUGUGUUAGGCAUGAUACAUGAAGCUUUACAUGUGACAGUUUUGCUUUGGUGCUUGAUAAUUUCACUAAGGAGGCCCAACUUUGUCAAGUGUUUUUCAGUUGAGGGCCAAAAACACUGCUUACAGUGAGGGUAUACCCAACUGGAUAACCUUGGGCAGAGUGGUCAUAGAAGCUUUUUGUAGUUUGACUGUUAUUCAUAAUGAAGACUAUUUAUUAUUAAUUGUCAUUUCUGUUGUAGAAUUUUAGCAACUAUUCUCUUAUAAUGUACUAUAUAAUCAAAACCUAUUUCACAGUCUAGCUUGAAUGUCUUAUUUCUUGGUAUUAAUAAAUUUUCUGACCUAUUUUUUUAAUCAACUCUUCCAUAAAUCAUCUCUGAAAGAUUGUUAAUGUGAAUAAAAUUUAUAAAUUAUAUGUACAAAAUCUGUUAUAGCAUUCUUUACCUGUAGGUACUUGUGUAUCCAGUUUAUAAGCAUAAUAAAUUAAUAAUUGUUUUGAAAGUUAUUCUUUAACUGGCAACUUAUGCUUUUAUAUUAUUGAGUUAUAAGUUGGCAAAGUAAAAACUUUUGGAUUCCUAAAAAUAUGAUGAUACUGUAAUGAAUAUUUCGUUCUCCAUUGAGAAUAAUCCAAUGUUUAUACCAAGAUCCUCAAAGAAACAAGAGUAUUUUUUAGAACUUUCACAAGUUAAAUGGAACAAAAUUUGAAAAUCCUAGGCGUGUGUCUUUACAAACAACAUAACUGAACUUCAAACAUUUGACAACAUAAUCUUGUGAACCAAAAAUAAGAAAUCCUAACUUUGUAAGUAACCACAAAAUCUGCUUGAUAAUACAACAUCUUUAAAACCAUUUGAUUGCUUACAACACUUAUAAGCUCUAACUGAGCAUCAAGCAAUAUCCAAUCAAUGCUCCACAUCCUUGUGUAUCUGGCAUAUCAGUCUUCAAUUCUCUUUUAUUUGCUAUCAUACAAUGAGAUUGCAAUCAAUGUUGAACAAUUAUUGACUGUUGACAGAAUAUCUGAUCAAUCUAUUUACAUAAUCAUAGCAGAAAUUUAGGUUGUUUUAAAACCAGAGGUGUUCAGAGUUCACGUAAUUCCUCUUUGCCCCACACCUGGCAAUGGUUUGUUGGAAAUGCUUUGUGAUUUUUCCAGAGAUUGUUGGAAAUGACAGUUUUAACAUGGGUGAUUUUAAUUAACUGGGAGAUGCCUUAAAAGUUGAGAAAUCCAUGAGAGUGGGAGAUCCACACAUCAGUGCUUCUCGAAACAAACAGCCCCUGUGAGACAAAGGGUCCUUUAGGGUGGCAGGGAUCUAUAAAUCCAAUGCUAGAGAAUUUUUAUCAUGGGGGAGGAAGGGGAGCGCCCAGAGAAAACUUGCCUUCAUAGACUAGGCCAGAGCGUAGAUACCGUAUUUUGUAGUUUUGUGACAAAAAAUAGGUUAUUUUUACUUGAAGACUCGGUUUAUAAAUUAGUCUAUAAGCCAUUAUUGUUGUUUUAACCUUUCGCAAAAGAGAACAAAUUUAACCAACAACUUUAGAUUCUAGAAAAUGAUCGCUUUACGGCAUUACAGGUAACAAAUGCAAACGUAUUAUUCUAGAACUAAAUUUAGAAACAUAUUCAAUUUUACUAAAUGACUUGAAGUACUGAUGAUUAUUUGAUGGUGCUAUAAGUGGCAAGGCUUGUCUACAUUAGUCCUAUAAGGAUUUUUCGCUUUAAAAUGAAAGUAUUGGAAAUAGCAACUGUAAUUGAGGAUAAGAUCUGCUGUUGGUUUGGAUAGUAUGAUGAUUUUCAUGAGCUGGGUUGUCUUGCCGGUUAAUCAGGAGUGGAUCCAGUGAACUGCACGUAAUUUUGUGUUGGUUGAUUGUUCUAGGGACUGUUGGAUUUCUUUAGGUAUUAUGGUAAGGUAAGUGCCUGGAAGAAAAACUGUGAAAAGGUGAGAUUUACUUUUAGGGGUUGUGCAGGUGACACGAGGGAAGAGAUUUCAGGAACUACAGAGGUAAGUUAAUUCAGUGUGGCUUGAAGGCUGGAGAAAUAUUCCUUCCUAUUGAAGGAUUCUCGUCUCCAUGGGAUCAAUUGAUACUUUAGGCUUAAAUUAUUUGAUGAAGGUGCCGAUUUGGCAUGGGGUAAUCUAUUGAAGAUUACUGGCAGAAUCCCCGGAGGGGAGCUUCAACAGGCCUGGAAAAGAGCAUAGCUGAAAACAUGUUUUACUAUCUGGGCCCAAGUGUAACCACCAUGUGUCUAUUUACAUAAGAGUGACACACUGAUUUAUAUACAGAUAUGACCAUAGUUAUCUUGACAAAUACUUCAGUGCCACCUAGUGUUAUUUUGUCUCACUAUGAAAAUAAUGUUACAAUUGAUUUUAACAGGAUGCAUAAACAAACUCGAGACAACUCAACUAAAUGACAGAGGAAAAGGUAUGUAAAAUAUGAAUAUAAAGAUUAGCAAAAAAUUAAGGAAUGCCAUCUCACAUUAUGCAGUGUUUGCAUUAGAGGCUUAAAUAUAGGUCACUUUGACACUGCUUUUGAUAUACAGAGUCAGAAAGAUUUGUCACACGAACAUGUAAAUUUUAUUUGUAAUAUAAAUUUUGCUUUCAAGCAAAAAUAGUAAUCCUAAACAUAUUUUUCAUGGUGGAAAGAAGUAUCACCAUUAAACUGUCUUGAUUCAAAACAUCACUUAAGUAGGUAAGUCAUUGUGCCAUUAAAUAUUUAUUUUGAAUCCCAAAGCAACUUUAAUCUUAGUACAAAAGAAGAACGAAACAGCAACUAAUACAUUUUACAGAUGGACAAACUUGGCCACGUAAAAUUAACAAAGUUUUCACCAUUAAAAUUUAUUCAAUGUUAUGAGAUACUAGUAAUAUAAGUGAACUCUAGCCAUGGAUGAGAUGUUUUCAAGUCUUACCUUGACUUUUCCUCUUUUAACAAAGCAAAUGACAGUCUUCAUGUUAUAAAAUCCAGGUUUCUGUAUUAUGUAUUUAUUUUUGAUUUCAAAGCUUUUCCUGUUGAUUGACAACUAAUUGAACUGUAAGUGUAUCUGCUUUGGGAAGAAUAACUGUAUUAGCCAUUAAAAGGCAACUUCCCAGUUAGUUUGAAAGCAGAAUUUGUUGAACACCGAAGGUACAUAAAACGGACCUUAAAAGAUUCUGUAUCAGUGCUUUCAGAACACGGCCCAAGAUUGUAUGUCUUUUUUGUUACCGAUGCCACUGAUAUGUUAAAGUAUGCUUUGUAAUAUGUUAGACUGAAUUUAUUUAGUAGCAAACCAAAAAAUAACCCAAAAGUGCUCAUUUUACACAUCACUGGUGUAAAACUGGAAUUGACUGAUUAAAAAUAAUGUGCAGAUAUGCUAGCAUGUUUUUAAGAUAUAAAGAUUUCAUACAUUGUCAGCUUAAGUGUUCAUUUUCAUUUACGCUGUUUUUAUUAUGCAUAUAAAUAGUUUAUCAGAUAAAAUGUUGGCUGCCAUUAGAUUAACCUAGCUUAUUGGUUCUGGUAUUGAAUGAAAGGUAUUCUGUGCAAUUACCAGUCAUUGACAAAAUAAGACUUGAAAUGCUAUUUUUAAACAUUGGUGGAUUCGUGAGAAAAUGCAUAGCUACAGUAUUAUAGGAUGUAUCCUUAUAUUUUCAAAUCUUCAUAACAUUUACUUUUAUGGUUGUUUUUUCACAAACUGAUUACAUGAGAAAGUAAUUAUUAUUACUAUUGGUUAAAUCGUCAAUCUCAUCAUCUUUUUUAGAAACAGUACAUUUAUUUUAAAUUUUCUCUGAAUAUGGCUUUAUUUAUGGUUGAAAAAUAAAAUUUUCAAAGCUUACUAGCCAAAAGAUGAAGUUGCUCCAUCAGUACUUGAGGUGAAUUUUUAAGCUGACUACUUAUUAUCAAGAGCUGUUUUUAAUGGUAAUUGUUGAUACUACUUUUUAUUGUUGUAUGAAGUAGUAAGUAUAAACUGAUAACUUAUCAUAUAGUGCUUAAUGUUUUUUAGGUUCCUCCUUAAUGAUUUAACCAGUUUUCAAAAUACUACUGAACUCUUUUUGUUAAUAGAAUUGGAUAACUCAUUUUCAGGAUGUCGAGAGCAACGUCCUUCAUGUUUUAAGUUUUAUUAAAGAUUGUGUUCAUUGUUCAUUACAUGUUGUGUUCAGCUCAAACUUGGCAAGUAAAAUUUAGCACCUUUUUUUUUUCUUUAUAUUGUACCAUAUCUUGUUCACAUCUCCCGUUAAGUGGACCUAUCAAGUAAAUCUCAAAUCCAUAUUCAGUUUACCUGGAUAUACCACAAGUGGUAAAUAAAAACAAUAAAGAAUUACUCCACUAGGGUGAAAAUAAUACUUGUGGUUAUUUGAUGCCUGAAAGGUGCACUGCAGUCUGGAAAAGGUUAAAAGAUUGUUUCAAAAUUGCUUGAUUUAUAUAUUUGAGUGAGAGUUUUCACCAUUUUAAGUACUAAGAACAACUACUUCAAAAUAUUAAAUCACUCAGUUGCAAACAGGAUGUUGCUAGAGUGAUGUAUGACAUCUGUCUCUUAACCAAUGAACAACCUCUAUUAAAAAGUACAGAAUAUAAUAUAACAAACUAAAUGCCACUUCAGACAGUGACUACACUGCUAAUAUAACAUAAGUAGUUACAAUCAGUGUGUGUGCUAGAUUUUACUGAUUUAAGUAAUUUUUAGCAGCUUUUUAACUGAAUGAAGCAAGCUAUACAAAUGUCUGCUUGAAGAAAAAUACAUAUAAACUAGGGUUUGCUGGUUUCCACUGGGAAUUUAGAAUUUUUGGUUGUUUAUAGUUUAGGCUUUUGGACUGAAAAAUAUGUAUGAAGUUUUGAAGACACAUUAAUAAGAUAUUGAGAAAUGUAUUUAAGCUAUAAAUUGAAAAUGAAAUUUCUUAAAUAUUUUGAAAACCUUUUUAGAGAUAAUUAUCAUUUUAAAGGAAUUUUCACAUCUUUCAAUUUUUGCUCUAUGGCUAUGACCAGAAAUUUACUGAGGAACUAGCCAAUAUUGCAUACCCCACAAGAGAUAAAUAGUGUAAGAACCCUUAUGUUAGCAAUUUCUUGCAAACAAUUAGUUUUUAUCCAAGUAUAUUUCAUAUUUGCUGUGCAUCAAGUGUUCUUUGAUAUAAAGGCUACAGAAUGUACGUGUUUAAUGUUUAUGGUAUUGUAAAUGUGUAUUUCAUAUGUUGGCCUGGCAUGGCCAGGUGGUUCGGGUACUCGACUCGGAAUCCCAGUCCCACCAAACAUACUCACCCUUUCAGCCUUGGGGGAUCAAAAGAGUAGCCCAAGAGUUAGCAGUGGGUGGUGAUGACUAGCUGCCUUCCCUCUAGUCUUAAAUUAGGGAUGGCUAGUGCAGAUAACCCUCGUGUAGCUUUGCACGAAAUUCAUAAUAAACUAAACUAUUUCAUAUGUCGUUGCUUUGCAUGCUUUCAAGGUUUAUAAUGCUAAAAACAAAUGUUAGCAUUUUGCAAUGUGGAAAAUACAAGGUAGUCUAAAAUUUGUUACUCUCAAAGAAGUAUAUUUUUUACUUUUCGUGGUUCAAAUUACUGUAUAUUUGAAUCACGAUGGGCCUAUGUAUUUUUGUGCUACAAUGUUUUGUAUGCAUGAGGUUUAAGUAUGGUACAACUGAUUUCUGCAUUUGCUAUUAUUAUUUACACAGUGUCUAUAUUAUCAGUUCUUUUUUAUAGUGUGUAAAGAGCACAUUUCUCUCCUAAUUAAAUCUUUCACUGCCAUGUUUAUUGAUAAAUAACUCUCCCAAUGCAUAAUAAAAACAAAAAAAGGGUGCAUGUUUUAAUAUUUCAAUAUUAAUCUGAAACGUGAAUGUGGUAAACUUUGGAGGGUAAUUACACUUUCUUCAUAGUACAAACUACCAAACUCGCAUGUCACUUCUGUAGAGGAAGACGUGCUCAUGGCAAUGAGAAAAUUAAAAUGUUUUGAGUUUUGAAAACAAAGAUUGUUAUGUGACAGAUACUUUUCUCACACUUAAUGUUGCAAUUGUAUUUGAACACUGUUAUUGAUGAAAAAGUAAAUUUAUACCUAAAGAGUUCUCUUUAAGGUAAUAUCUUAUUUGUUUUUGCACAUUUUUGCUUAUGUAAAAUGUUUGGAAAAUAAAUCACUAUAAAUUGUCUGGUAA